GCAUGCCCAUUCCUGCUCAAGGCUGUUUGGAGAACAGUCAGUACUGGACCUGCUUUGCUAUUACACACAGAAGAGGAUUAAGAAAGAAGAUUCAGCAGAGGAGACUGGGAAAAAAACUGGGACAGAGAAAUGCAUAAGACUGAUGUCAUGGAAAGAAGAGAAUAUAUCAUCAAGGAGGAAGAUAAUGCAAAAGAAGUUUCUCCCAUCUGCAUCUCGCUUUAUUCAGCAUGGGGGAGCAGAACCACUCUGCUGGAAAGGAGCUUCAGCACUGGACACGAGCAGAGGUUCCAGGAAAGAAAAGCUGGCCCUCCCAGGCCUACACCCUUGGAGCCAUUUCCAACUUUAUGUCUACUUUUCUGACCUUCCCUAUCUAUAAGGUGGUAUUCCGGCAGCAGAUCCAUGCUAUGGCUGUGUCAGAGGCUAUGAAGCAACUUUGGCAUGAAGGUCCUCAGUACUUCUACCGGGGGAUCUACCCACCUCUUCUCUCCAAGACUUUGCAAGGGACUCUCUUGUUUGGGACAUAUGACAGCCUGCUGUGCUUUUUCUCCCCCGUUGGGCCACAUCCCUUGGGACACCGCUGGGCUGCAGGCCUCAUGUCUGGUGUGGUGGAAGCUGUGGCACUGAGCCCCUUUGAAAGAGUGCAAAAUGUGCUUCAGGAUGGCCGGAAGCAAGCUCGCUUCCCCAGCACAGUCAGCAUUCUCAAGGAAUUCAACUCCUAUGGGCUGUGGGGGCGGCUUUCACUGGGCUAUUAUCGUGGUUUCUGGCCUGUUCUCGUCAGAAACAGCCUGGGAAGUGCUCUGUAUUUUUCUUUCAAGGAUCCCAUCCAGGAGGGCUUGGCACAGCAAGGCCUACCCCAUUGGGUUCCUGCCUUGGUAUCAGGUAGUGUCAAUGGGACAAUCACCUGCCUCGUUCUGUAUCCUCUCAUUGUUCUGGUUGCCAACAUGCAGUCCCAUAUUGGCUGGCAGAGAAUGCCAAGCCUGUGGGCCUCUGCCCGGGAUUUGUGGGACACUCGGGGCCGAAAGGUACUCUUGAUCUACCGAGGGGGUUCCCUGGUUAUUCUCAGGUCAAGUGUGACCUGGGGGCUCACUACUGCUAUCCAUGACUUCCUACAAAGGAAGUCUCACUCUAAGAAAGAGGUGAAAGACUGACUAGCUGCAGGAAAUGUGAUCAUGGCAUCUUUGCUCUAGAUCUUGCCUGGUUGUUUCUAUAUAGCUUACUUCUUUGGCUUGAUGAUCUAAUGCAAUCGGUUUUAGUAUCUGUAAAGUGUCAUCGCCUGGGAGAAGUUCCCAAUUACUAGCCUGUUAAGCACAAAUAAAGCCCAACAAGAUCCCCUGGGCACCCCAAUCUAUCCACAACUUCAGUAGCUUUACAGGCAAGAGGUCUGUAAAUGUAAUUCCUGCCAGAAAUUCCUUAUUACAAGGAAACUUAAAAAGAUGAUCUCAUACAGUCAUUGUGUGGCUGAGACUCCUCCAGAUGGCCUCCAGGCCAAAAUGAGUAGAACUCCAACUGCAAUAAACUAUGCUAGACUCUAAGGAUGGAGAUUCUGGAAAACUCAGAUGGCUACAUUUUCAUGCUGUGGUUCACUGCCUCUAUCACAACCCCGCUCUCUUAUGCUAUGGGUCCUAACUUUGGGGUGGCAGCUAUGGCUGGAAAUCCUAAUUUUACCUGGCUUUAACUCAUCAAGUGCAAGAAUUGGUGAGUCUGGA